AUCCUGAGGUUUGGUGCCGUCCUGUACGCUGACAAAACGACCACGCCCCCUUUGAAAACAGACGCUCGUGUUGGCGCCAGAUUAAAGAGAAGAGAUCCCAUGUAUCUGUGAGACCCGACCGGUCGAUACGCGUCAACACCUCGUCACAGCGCUGUGGAGCAGAAGAGGACCCUGAAGGCCUCUCCGGUUGUGUUUGGUGCGCGGUCACGUGAUGCGCGCGGUCUCCUCAGGACCGGUUGAAACCGACGGGAGGCUGCUGGAGGUCUGACAGUCCGUCACCGAGCUGCAGGGACACACAACCUUCCGCCAGCACACAGUGAGCGUCCCACACACACACUCAGCCCCGGCAUGUCCGCUCUCUGUGUGCUGAGGACUCGCUGCUUCCUCCGGCAGGUCCUCCCCGGCCUGCCCGCCGCCAUGCACAGACACUACAGCCUGGAUGUCACCGCUCCGCUGCUGCGGACGCAGGGCUACGUGGACGGCCGCUGGGUCUCCGCAGCCUCGGUGUUCCCGGUGCUGGACCCGGCCACUGGGAAGGAGAUAACCCGGGUGGCAGACUGUGGCCCGGCUGAGGCCAAGCAGGCUGUGGACGCUGCGUACAAGGCGUUUCAUUCCUGGAAGCAGUGCACUGCUAAGGAGAGGAGCAUCCUGUUGAGGAAGUGGUUCGACCUGCUGACGCUGCACAAAGAAGACUUGGCCAAACUGAUCACGUUCGAGAGCGGGAAGCCGUUGCGGGAGGCUGUCGGGGAGAUCACGUACGCCGCCUCCUUCCUGGAGUGGUUCUCUGAGGAGGCCCGGCGAGUGUACGGCGAUAUCGUCCCGUCGCCCAUCAAAGACCGAAAGAUCCUCCUGCUCAAGCAGCCUGUGGGCGUGGCCUCCAUCAUCACACCGUGGAACUUCCCGAGCGCCAUGAUCACCAGGAAGGUCGGAGCCGCUCUGGCCGCCGGCUGCACCGUGGUGGUCAAACCUGCCGAGGACACGCCGCUGUCAGCGCUGGCUCUGGCUGAGCUGGCAGAGCAGGCCGGGAUCCCUGCCGGGGUGUUCAACGUGGUUCCUUGUUCCAGAGAGAAGACUCCUUCUGUCGGGGAGGUUCUCUGCACCGACCCGCUGGUGGCCAAGAUCUCCUUCACCGGCUCCACCGCCACCGGCAAGGUGCUGCUGAAAAUGGCUGCCGACACAGUGAAGAAGGCGUCGAUGGAGCUGGGAGGCCACGCCCCCUUCAUCGUGUUUGACAGCGCUGACGUGGACAAGGCGGUGGCCGGAGCCAUGGGCUCCAAGUUCAGGAACUCCGGACAGACGUGCGUGUGCUCCAACCGCUUUCUGGUGCAGAGCGGCAUCCACGACCGCUUCAUGGAGAAGCUGGGCCAAGCGAUGGACGCCGAGCUCCGUGUGGGUCACGGCUUGGAGCCUGAAACGACCCAGGGGCCACUCAUCAACACCAGAGCUGCAGAGAAGGUGGCCCACCAGGUAUCGGACGCAGUGUCCAAAGGAGCGAAGGUGCUGAAGGGCGGGAAGCGUCUGGACGGGUCGUUCAUGGAGCCCACGCUGCUCGCCAACGUCUCCACAGAGAUGCUCUGCAUGAAGGAGGAGACGUUCGGCCCGCUGCUGCCCGUCAUCAGGUUCGACACGGAGGAGGAGGCGCUGGCGAUCGCUAACGCCUCUAAUGUCGGGCUGGCAGGUUACUGCUACUCUCAGGAUGUGAGUCAGAUCUGGCGGGUGGCGGAGGCGUUGGAGGUCGGGAUCGUCGGCAUCAACGAGGGUCUGCUGUCCACCCCAGAGGCGUCGUUCGGCGGCGUCAAACAGUCCGGUCUGGGCUGCGAAGGCUCUAAACACGGCAUCAAAGAGUAUCUGGAGGUCAAGUACAUGUGCUUCGGAGGGCUGAAGCCCUGAAACACGGCGGUACGACGCCCGCACACAUGCAGUCUUCAGUGAAGUGGUCAUAACUGAACACAUCUGAGGUUCUUAUUGAUUUAAUUUAACUGUAACAUCACUGAAAUACAUUGUAGUCGAGUUGACCAAUAAACUGAAAGUAGUCGAGUAAAAAUCUAAAAUAUGAUUUAUUGACCUGUCAGACGUUCGUCACUGAACUGAAACAGUCCAGUUUUUUUCUCCUCUGUUGCCUUUUUUCAGACAAAAACUGUGGAUGUGUAGAAAAAGUCUUUCAGCAAUAAAUAAUAAAUCUUGUUCAUGUUUGACGACGUCAGUUCUGAAAACUUUUAGGUUUAAUCUUUGUGUUUGAUGCUGAAACGUGAGACUCAGAUCACUGAGACGCUGGAGAAAAUAUUUAACUGCACGAUCGAGUGUGUAUUAGGUUCUGAGGGAAACACUCGCUUCUGAUUGGCCAGUUACAGCAUCACCACCAAUCAUUUAAUUCAUCUGACUGAUAUGUUUAAAAAUCUGCUCUGAACUCAGAAUCACAACAGCACAGAUGGGACCUGAACGCAGCGUCAUAUUGAUCUCAUGCUCCAGCAGCACAUAGUUUGGUCUCAGAGUCAGAUGAGAUUUACUGUGAUAAAAAAAAAUUAAAAAGCACAACGAUAAUCUGUUUUUGUAAAAUCCUGUUCGUGUUAAACUUCCUGUAGAACGUCGGUCAACGUGAAAACUGUAUUUUUUUAUUAUUGAAAUGCUUCUAUGAGCCGACGGUUGAACCAAUAAGAACACGUGUUCACAUUUCAAGCAUCACAAUUUAAUUUUUAGUCAUUUACGGCGUGUGCCAUUUAUACAAAACCUACCAGGGUCUUUCCACACAUUUCACUAACAUCUGUUCGAGCUCAGCGCCAAUAAAACAUGUUCAUAAAUACAUAAAUCAGUGUUGGCCCGAUGCAUGCAGCGGAGUCUUCAGCAGAGAUAAUGUUAUUAACAGAUUUCUGUAUGAAGAUAAAAGAAUAAACCCUUAAAAGAUUUAUAAUUAUUGUAGUGAAGUUGUUUUUUAUUACCAUGUAGAUUUUAAUCUGACAGAAGCUGAAACACACAAAGCUUUUCUCUUACCUGAAAGUAAAGUGCCAUAAAAUCUUAGUGUUGAACAACAGUGUUAUUAAUUAUGAUUACAGAAUAACUAAAUCACCCCUGAAGAUCUCGGUUGGUUUAACUUCUCACCUGCAGUGACAUCACUGAGGGGGUGUGGUUACAGGUGCAGCAGAGUCUUAGUCUUUAGCUUGAUUUGACUCAUCAGACGGGAGCCAUGAUCUAAGGUUCCAGAGCUGGUUUAAAACGAGCGCUGUCCAGAGCUGAGGCAUAAAAUAUCAUCCAGUUUCAUCCAAAACAGUGAAUAAAGUUCCUGUUCAGAUAUUUUAAACCAGCUUCAGAAAACUUAAAAGUGCUUCAGGCUUUUAUCCAGUUGACUCACAAAUCAAGCAACUCUGAUGUGAACGUAUGAGAACCAGGAGUCACGUCCCCUCCUGCAGGAACCGGAUCAAACAGAAGGUUCUACAUUUGAGCCGAUACAGUAAAUAGCAAAGUAAUCGAUUACUGCCAUCCACUGUUGUUGAGUACUGAGAGUUCCUGUUGAGUUUGUACUGCAGAUUGUGUUUCUAAUGUUAAGUGAAAUUCGUCUUAAUUGUAAUAUAAUGUUGUCUUCAUAGUUGAUAGAUAAAGAAACAUACAUUUUGUAUCCUGACUGUAGAUGCUAAUGAAAAUUAAAGAGGAAGUUGUAAUAUU